AAGAGCAUUUAGCAGAUGCUGGAGUUGUAGACUGGUUCGGUAACUGCAUCCUGGCAGUAAUGUCUGGGCAUUUGUGUUCAAAGCUACUCUUUUAUGUCGGUGGAAGACAUCUGUCCAGUUUUCUCGAGGCCAGCCAGUAUGUUUUACCGUCUAAACUGUGUAGAACCUGCCUGUUUCCUUCUCAUACCCGGGACUUUUCCUCCCGUUAUGGUAGAUCAGAUGGAACCUCUGGGCAGGAUGGCGGAAAUGCAUUCUGUGCUCCUAGAGGUGAACUGGACUUUCAGCUGAGCCGGCUCCAGAUCAAUGCAAUUCUUCGUGCUAAUGAGCAAUCUGUCCACAUACCGGAGUUUGAUGGGCGCGGUGGUCCCAGCCCUGUGCUGAGGUUUGAGAGCAACCAACUUGCAGCCAAUACUCCACUAGAGGACCGACGCAGUAGUGCCAGCUGCCUACAGACUCGCAGCAUGCUGUUUGGCGUGUUUGAUGGACAUGGAGGACAUGCAUGUGCUCAAGCGGUCAGCGAGCGGCUACCUUAUUAUAUCUCUGUGGCGAUGAUGUCAGAAUCUGUCCUGGAGGAUUUGGAGGCCGCCAUGGAGACUUUACGACCGGUUCCGCCGAUUCUAAAAUGGUACAAGCACCACAAUGACUACAACUACAGGGAGUCUGCUGCGCUUUACGUCAAACAUUUGCGUGUUUACUGGCAGGAGCUUCUGGCGAGUGAAGAACACGGCAAUGGUUUGAACCCUGUGGAUGCACUUACGUACGCAUUCCAACGGCUAGAUAUGGAUCUUUCCUUGGAGUCGCAAGUGCCACUGCCCAAUGACCUAAUGCGCAACACGGCCAUACAGGCUGCCUUUGCUGGUUGCACUGCUUGCGUUGCCCACGUGGGAUCAGAAGGUGUGCAUGUUGCGAAUGCAGGAGAUUGUCGAGCUGUUUUGGGUGUCCGAGAGGAUGAUGGGAGCUGGAGUGCUUUGCAACUCACACAGGACCAUAAUACCAGCAAUGCAGCCGAGGUUGAGCGGGUAAUGUGCCAGCACCCGGCCAGCGAACGCCAAACUGUAAUCUUAGAUGACAGGCUGCUUGGUGUGCUAAUGCCGUUGCGUGCAUUUGGAGAUGUGCGCUUCAAGUGGAGUCGAGAGCUACAGCAGAGCGUGUUGGAGAAUGGCGACUCCGAUUUAGAAGCAUUGAAUAUUUAUCAAUAUGCUCCUCCCAAUUACUUAACUCCACCUUACUUAGAAGUCACACCUGAAGUCACUUACCACCGCCUGCGACCACAGGACCGAUUUCUGAUCCUGGCCUCCGAUGGUCUUUGGGAUGAGAUGAACAGUGAAGAGGCUGUCAAGCUUGUGGCGGAACACCUGACGGGUAUUCACCUGCAGGAACCGGUCUCAGCCAGCCAGCUUAAUUUGGGUCAAAUGCACCAGUUGCUGCUUCAGCGACGGGCAAGGGCAACACCCGCUCUGGAUCUGAAUGCAGCCACACACUUGAUUCGCCAUGCGCUGGGCACAGAUGAGUAUGGAGAGAUGGACCAAGAGAGGUUGGCCACCAUGCUGGCAUUGCCUAGUGACCUGGCACGCAUGUACCGUGAUGACAUCACUGUCACAGUGAUUUACUUUAACCCGAACUUAAACAAAUCAUCUCAUAAUAAAUAAUUUGAAAGAAAUUAUGGUUUGAAGAAUGGUGUUUUAAGCUGUGAAUUCUAGUUUUGCUAAAAAAAACAUUCCUUUUGUGCUCUUGCAAAUGUUUUUUAUGUGCUGCUUGUUCUUAUAACUCGUUGCAGUUAUAUUGUGUUCAAUAGAAACAAUUAAAUGAAGUGGACAUUUUAGUGUAUGUUUUACAAAUGUUGAACUAUAAACAUUAUUAAUAGUUCUAUCACGCACACGCAAUUAUUUCAACAGCAUGUUAUCUCUGUUCUAUGUCACGUGUCACAUUUUACAUUACUCCAUGCAUUAGUUGUGUAGCCUAAAGUUGACAUUAAUUUAGCACACUUGACUCAUUGUGCUGUGCGUUUUUUUUGUUCAGCAGUUUGAUUUGUCCUGUUUUCCGGGAUUUCUUGGACUUUGCUAUGAAGAAGUUUUCACUUGUCACUUUAGUAGUACAAGUAGAUUAUCAAAGUACCACAGUGAGUCACAAAAUAAUCUUGUCAAUGGUUAAACUGAUGAUAGUUCCUGAGCAAAGUAUAAAGGUCAUAGGGCCAGUUUUACAGACGGUUUUAUAACAUGUACAAUUUUUGCAUCUUUCAAGUCAGACUUUUUGAAAUGCUUCAAAAAAAUGGUUUUGUGUGUGUGUGUGUGUGUGUGUGUGUGUGUGUGUGUGUGUUUUAAGGCUUGAUGUAAAACUGGCUCACCAUGUGUCUUGAGAGUAAACUCUUUCUUUUAAAAUUAUUUUAUUUGUGUCUCUGUUGUUACUAUUUGUUCUGUUCUAAUGUGAGUUUAAUAGACUUUUCUUAGGAAUUGGUUACUCUAUUUUCACUGCAAAAAUGUGAGCGUUGUCUUUGAAAUCUUUUCAGUUUUCACUAUAUUUUUGUGUGUUCCUCAUCUUUAAUUAUGAAAUAAGAUAUUGAUCAUAUUGAUAAAGAUUCAGUGCUUCUAAAUAAGAAAACAUUGAAACUCUUUACAUUAGAUUUGUCAUUACUGAAGUUGGAGAUGUUGUGUUAGUUGCCUUCUUACUAAACUGUCUUCAAGAGCAAGUUUUAUAUACUUAUCUAAUAACCGUCAUGCAAGUACUCCUCAAAAAAGGAACUUAUGAUUCAUUUAAGAUUCUAAUAAGGACCGGAUGCAUUUUGUUUUGUGGUCUAUAUUCUCAGAAAAAGAAAAGGUUGAGUCAGUAGUUCAGAUAUUUAUCUGCCCUGCCAACAUUUUCACCUUCCUCAACACGGAAAAAGAUUUUUUUUAAUUGAUUGCAUUUUA